UACCGGGUCUUUUGUUGUUCGCCAACAGACCAAAGAGUGCAGAUGUGAUUGUGUACACAAACUAAGGUGCCAUCAAUGGCCUCUUGAAAGAACUUGGUGUUUCUACUUAUUUUGGUUGUCUUCUGUAUUGGUCUAAGUGUAGAAACUUACUUCCUCUGUUCGUCAUUGAACACACCUUGUACGGGCUUACUGGUGAUCGGGUUUCUGUUAACAGUGAAUAUACAUCUGCCGUGCAUGCUUAACUGGAGUAGCAAGUCGGACUCUAAUAAUAGGAAAUAUUUCUGGUGCGUUGAUUUCUUGAUGGACAUGUGGACUUUUUGAAAUUCAAGUCCAAGGCUGCUAGCUAUUCUUUGAUUAAGUAUGGUAAGAUGAGUAGGUGUACCAUGAUAGAGGUUCAAGAGACAGACUGACCAAGCUCAGGGAAACAUGGCUGGCUUACAAUGCUCUCUGGUCUUGGGAUGCAUACUCAUCUGUGCUCUCACCCACUUUGUUAGUGGAGCAGCUAUGGAAUGUCAUAGUAUCGUAGGAGCUGGAAUGAGAUGCAGAUGGCCAGAUGAAGGUUUGGAGUGUGCCUGUAUUCCCAAUGCUGAGUGUGCCAUAGGAUCCAAUGCUUGCAGGUGUCUUCCAGGCUACACAGGGCCCGACUGCGACCGGUCCUGCCCCUACGAUAACAACGGUCAAUGUCUGACCGAGUGUCUGGCCAGCCCUUACUGCGAUGCGCUUAGCUCCUGCCGCCAGGAAGUAGGAGCAUGCUUGUGCAAGGAAGGGUAUUCUGGGAAGGAUUGUAACCUGUGUGAUCACACUAUCUUGUCCAACUGUACUCUGUGUCCGUACCAGACGUGUGAGAAUGGAGGCAAGUGUGACCUGGUGACUUGGAGAUGUGCCUGUGAGGAUGGCUAUCAAGGAGACUACUGCUCACUCUGUUACCCUUCUCUUCACCCCAAUGGAUGCGGGGACCACUGCGACCUGACCUGCGUCAAUGCCUACUGUAAUACUCAUACUGGAGAUUGCUCAUGUCCGUAUGGCUUUGACUUGGAAGCGGACUGUAGCUUCUGCGAUCCUUUAAGAGUGACUGAUCAUUGCAUGCGCUUCUGUCAUACCAUAUGUCGUGCGGGUGGUUUAUGUAACGUAGCAGAGGGGAGAUGCAUGUGCAAAGAUGGUUAUGUUGGUGAUGACUGUCGCCUUUGUGAUCCUCGCACGCAUCCGGACAACUGCAUAACGCACUGUCCUUCUGAAUGCCAGAACAAUGGAUACUGCGAUGUCGUCACAGGAUACUGUUUAUGCCAGCCGGGAUAUGAAGUGACGUAUAACUGUGGGUUGUGUAGGCCAUCGUUACACAGCGAAGCUUGCGUGAACCACUGUGAACCUCAGUGCAGGAAUGGAGGUGACUGUAUGUCCAGCCAGGGUCUUUGUAUGUGUCCUGUAGGCUACAUUCAGCAUGACUGCAGUGUCUGCAUACCAGGUCUUCAGGCGAGAAACUGUACCGAUCACUGUCCUCUGUGUGAUAACAAUGCAAAGUGUGAUACCACGUCAGGGCAGUGUAUUUGUGAGGCGGGAUGGCACGGUACAUCUUGCUCCAAUCCGUGCCCAGAGGAUACCUUUGGGCUCUCCUGUCAACUUCAAUGUGACUGCGGAGUUCACCUUUGUGACCCGGUAUCGGGGGCAUGCAUUAUUCAAACCACAACUCCGAAACCCACCACAACAACUAUACCCCCAACAACUACUGCUGUAGUUGCUACCACAACUCCUGCAGAGACAACAACAGUAGCACCAACAACUUUAACAACCCAGGCAACAACUCUUCCCAUUACCACACCAGUAACAAAUUAUUCUACAACUGGACCUCUUAAUAUUGUAGAUCUGUCCUCAACUAAGAAGCAAGAAAGUGUAACAACCAGCGCUGGCGCUGGAUUUGUACCCACUCAGCAGAGCCCAGAGGAAAUUGCUAGCUUGGCUCCUGGACUUGUACUUGAGAAUAGGCAUACAAACUUCUCUUCAACCUACGUCAUCGCUAUCGUCAUCAGCGCUAUCAUCCUCAUCAUCCUCUUAUCACUCCUCAUCUUCUACUUGAUGUAUGAUCGCAGAAAGAGAAAACGCCAACUACCCGAGGCAAUGCCUGAGGAGAUACCUCUCAACAAUGUGGUGACUAAUAAUCUAGAGAAUGGCAGAUCAAGUAACAUCUAUAUUGAUGGGAUGCUACCCAUCCUGAGUGGUGAGCAAACAGUAGAUGGCGCUCUACCUGAUCCAGCAUGCUGCAAUCGCAAGUCACUCACCCAGGAGCAGGUCCAGAGGCUUAGUCGGAUAUCAGGUGACAUGGCUUUCUUUGCCAAGGUUCCCAAUGCUUUGGCAGAAAGUAAGAAUCCCAAUCUCUUCAAGGAACCCAACAAAAAUAAGUUUGGUUUGGAGGAAGGCGAGUUGAAGCCUAAUAAUAAUGAGCAGGAUGCGGGCUGUAAGGCCAGUGGCUGCGAGCCAGAGGAUGAGGAUCCUAAGGGCAAGCAUUGCAAGGAUGGGCAAGAGAUUGCUGGAGGUGUCCAAGAUGAACUUCUAGGGGCAUGCGGUGGGGCGGCACCCGGUCCUGCGGCAACAUCUACUCCAAUGAAACCGGUGGAUCGUAACAGUCGCAUAUAUGAGGAAGUAAUCCUGACGCACGAUCCGACGGAGAAUCGUAACCCACGCAUGAGUGGGGAGUACUACUUACUAGAGCCUACCCCAGCAUGGCAAGGAAGCAGCAGUACCUCCAGUGAGAAUGAUUCCGCUAAAGGUCUCCCGGAUGAUAGGACCAGUCAGAGCUCUAACCCAAGACGAAGCGCCGAUAGCGGCAUCGAGCAGGCUGCUGCCUCUCUUGCAUCCCCACACUAUGAGCAACUAGAAAGACCCUUGGACUUUGUGCAGCCUCGCUCACCAACUCUCUCAAAGACUGAAAAGAGCGAGGAUGAGCGUGACUCUGGGGUGUACGCUCACCUGUCUAGGGCACCCGCAGCCAAGGGUUAUAACAGAUUGGACUUCAGUCCUCGCAGGAAGAGGAAGCCUUCCGAUGUAGAAUUCUUCAGCGAGAAUCAUUAUGGACGACUCAAAGCUGACGGUAAUGAUGAUGAUAGCAUGAGUGAUUGAUGGCAGUGAUUAUUCUGAAGACAUUUUGGUUUGUUGAAAGUAUUUGAACAAAGUGACUGAGUUUAACAGGUUGUUUGUCGUAGAGGAGGUUAGGGUGACUUUACUCCAGAAUUUGAAACACCUUUGGAUAUUUGAAGAGAUAAGAAUGAACAUAGAGUCUGUGAGCAUUUUAAAUCACAGUCUUCCCUUACAGAAGCAAUAUAGUGUUGCCCACUAUGUAGAGAGGCCCACUGUUCACAUUGUCACUCUUUUCCUCCGCUUCUGCUAGACAUGGCUGUCUAGUUGACUGCAUGCAUUUGAUUUUUGAUUGUUUUAUGUCAAGUUCUGGUAAGAGGUAUAUACCAUUUGUGAUAUAGACCAGAUUGGUUUCAAAUUUUGUUUUGUGAACAUGGCCUCAUUAAGGGGUCUUACGAUAUUGAUUUCAAAAGGCAAACUGAAUAUAUGUAUUCGUUAGUAGAACAUUACACGAGAGAGAAAAUGGUUCUGAGGAAAAUGUAGAGAAUAAUUACCUGGUAAAAACUACAAAGAGGAGAGAUUUGUGAAUAUGGUGCUUGUGUGAAUAGGUCAGUGAUGACCAGAAACUGUAAUAAUUUUUUCUGUAAGUGUGGGAUAAAAAUAUUUGUCAGUCUUCGUACAAAAGUUUUGCAAUUAGGCUUUUUAGGUAAAUUUGCAUAUAUCUUUCUUCUUUGGUGUCCUCCUUUUAAUUUGUCAAGAAGGAUAUUAAUUUUGAAAAAAUAGUUUGAGUCUUGCUCCUGUUGCUUAAUGAAUUCAAAAGGAGGUAUAACAAAGUAUUCUUAUUUAAGCAUUAUUUGUAUAUAAUGUGACUCAGAAGGGUCCAGAGAAUUUAUUUUUCUCAUUUGUAAGCAGUAAAGCAGUCCUUUUAAAUCUGCUUCUCUCUGAUCCUAUACACAUACUUACUAGUUAUAGUAUUGCAUUCUAGGUGCCUUAAUGGCUACCAGUAGUGAUCAUAACAAGAGAAAACAAUACUGCUUACAGUAUAAGUAUUGGCUUGCAUGGUGAUGUACAGUUGUAGAUUAUACAGUAAACCGUAAACCGUAAACCUACUGUAUAAUGCACAUGAUGUUGACUUGAAAUAGAACCUUGAAUUUAAUUUGUGUAUUUUCAUGUUUUUCAUCUCCAAACUUGCAUUUCCUUGAGACCAAGAUUCUUUUCUUCCGAAGCCCUCAUUCCUUUUUUUCACAUGAUCAGCCAUUCUUUAUAAGAAGCAAAGCAUUAUGACCAAGUCAUUAUUAUUUAGCUGCAUAUAUACGUCCAAAUUUUUAUAUCCAAUAUAGAGAAUAUCUGUGUAUUUUGAAUUUGUAUUGAUAUCUGUUUUGUAUUUUUUUGUAUUUGAAGAGAUAAAAUAAUGUACAUUUUGUGCAUUUUUGAAAUAUAUCCAAUCUUGAAGAUAUGUAAAGUUGGUAUUGCACAGGAAUGUGUAGAAAUAGUCAAUGAAAAGGAGGUGAGAAAUUUUUGUUUAAAGCCCUUUUUUGGUUUUAAUGGAAUAACCAAACAAUAUGAUAAUCAACUUUGUUUUGACUAUUUUACUUCUUGAAAUGGAAAUAUUUGUGAUUUGUGAUCUAAUUUCAGUGGUUUGGCCUUAAAGGCAGCUGUACUUUAGAAUUAAAUGUUUUUCCAUGAAAUAUAAAA